AUGGAGAGUCAGAGUGUGAGUUCGAGUAAUCCGGCUCUAAGCACCAAUGUCAAUGUCAUUGAAAUGAAAGACAGAGAUAAUCAAACUCAAGAAAUCUCGAGAAACACGAAUGUUUCACAAAAAGGCAAUACCAAAAAGAGAAAGGAGAGGAGCAUUGCUUGGGAUCAUUGUGUUAGGGAAAUUAUUCGCGAUGAUGAAGGAAAUGAGGAGAUGUUUGCUAUUUGCAAACAUUGUGAAUUACAAAUGCCGGCCGAUUCGAAAAGGAAUGGAACUAGAGGCCUUCUCAAUCAUUUGUAUUAUAGGUGUGAGCGUUCUCCUCUUCGCGUGGUGAUGGACAAGAGCCAACCCACAUUAACUCAGUCGAUGAUGGGAGGUGAAGUAAAAAUUUCCGACUUCAACCAAAAAAGACUCAACAACAUGUGUGUGAAGUGGAUAAUCAAAGCGGAGAUGCCUUUUCGAACCGUAGAGCAACCGGACUUCAAAGAAUUUAUUCAUGAUCUUCAACCUCGUUAUAAGAUUCCUAAUCGGAGGAUGAUUGCGAAGGACGUGUGGAGUUUAUUUUGCGAUGAGAAAGCAAAGAUCAAAAGCAUAAUUGGUGAUCUCCGUGUGAGUAUCACAACCGAUACUUGGACUUCUAUCCAAAAUAUCAAUUACAUGGUGGUGACGGCCCAUUUUAUCGACUCGGAUUUCCAUUUACACAAGAGGGUGCUUAACUUUUGUAAGAUUACUUCUCAUAAGGGUGAAGACAUAGGAAGGUGUUUCGAAGAGAAGUUAGUCGAAUGGGGCAUAAGUAAGGUGUUUACUGUUACCGUAGACAAUGCGAGCUCCAAUGAUGUUGCCGUGGAGUAUUUGAAGAAGCAACUCCGGAAGCAUGAUAGUGAUAGUCUUAUGCUUGAUGAAAACUUGCAUAUGAGGUGUGCUUGUCACAUAAUUAACUUGAUUGUGAAGGAUGGAAUGAAAGAGUUAGUAGAUUCCAUUGAAGCCAUCCGCAAUUGUGUGAAGUACAUUCAUUCUUCAAGUGCGAGGUUGGAUAAGUUUCGGGAGUAUGCGGUUUUAGAGAAGAAGGACAAAAUGUCCACUAUCCCGAUGGAUGUUGUGACUCGGUGGAAUGCCACAUAUAUCAUGCUUCAUGGUGCUUACAAGUUUAAAGGUGUAUUUGCUAGGAUGGUGGAAGAAUUUACGCCAUUUAAGACAUACUUUGAAGAUGGAAGAGUGGGGCCUCCGACGGAUGAAGAUUGGGAAAAGGCUAUGGGAUUUGCACAUUUUCUCAAGAAGUUCUAUGAUGCCACCAUCAAGCUUAGUGCCACCAAGACUCCGACCUCGCAUCUUGUUCUAAAAAUCUUGAUAAACUUGAAGAUUGAGAUUGAGGCUAGAAUUAGAGAUAAGAAAAAUAUUGUGUUGCAAAAUGUGGCUACUUCUAUGAAGAAGAAGUUUGAUAAAUAUUGGGGCUCUUUGGAAGAUAUGAACAUGUUAAUGUUUGUAGCCCAAACCCUUGAUCCACGAUAUAAGUUUCAAUUGAUGGAGUUGCAAUUAGUGGAGCUUGGUUACACUCUUCAUGAAGUUGAGCACCUCAAGAGUCGGGUGAAAGCACACUUGUAUCUUAUGUAUGAAAUUUACAAAGGAACGGAAAAGUCAUAUGUGGAUGUGCAUGAGGAUGUGGAUGAUGGUGUUGAUCUUGGUGAUGAUGAUGAUGAUGAUGAUGAUGAUGAUGUGGAAGUUCGGAUAGAGCGGAGACUUAAUAAGCAAAGAAAGGAAGAAAAACUCAAAGAGAUAGCUAACGAAAUUGACAAGUACUUUAAUGAUGCAUAUGAAAGUACAAAGAAUGAGGAUUUCGACUUAUUGGGGUGGUGGAAAACUCGAAGACGACUGAGCAGCGGGGAAAGAUUAGAAGGGUCAAGACUCAAGAGAGUAACGAAAGGGCUUCGGAUCGGGUCGUACUUUUUAUAG